UGUUGUGUAUUGUUGGCAGGAAACACUGUAGUGUUAGUUUCGAAACUGUUGUAACUCAGCUGAAUCGGCCGUUUUAGGCCUGUUACUAUAUCAUAAGUGGCAAGAAAAGGAAUAAUUCCGUCACCAUGGUGCUAUUUUUGUUCUGAAAAGCAUUUUAGGACACAAUUGUCUGAUUAUUUCACGUAUUACAAACAACCAACAUGGCGGUCUUUAGGACGUGCCUGCGUUGUGCUCUGCAAGGAAUACUCCUUUUUGUCAACUUUGCCGGCCCAAUGGGAUUAAUUCAAGAUAUGAAUCUGACCCGUCAGGAAAUCACGACCACUAUUGGUGAACCAGCCAACCUUGGUUGCUAUGUCGACCAGACGAACACAACGCAUUUGACCUUUUCUUGGACGAAAGAUAAUAAGACUGUCACGCAAUCCUCAAUCAUACAAGUCUAUAGAAACGUAGUGGUGGUAACCCCCAAGGAUGAUGCAGACUUUGGAACUUACGAGUGUCACGUUAGCGAUAACGUGACAAUAACGACAUGCAGUAUCUCACUGAAGCAGGGGUGUAAUGACAGCAACCAUGUGGAGGAAACUGCUUCUGGUUGUGGGAUUAUUGCAGUGCUGAUGCCGGUUUUGGCAGUGACUGUGGUUUCCAUGCUACUAAAUGCUCAUUUUCUAAUUCGUUGGAAGCGAAGGGAUGAGUGGGCGUGGUCAGAGCAGGAGAUAAUGCACCCUCAACUCUCCCAACAGUCUGAACCAGUGGAACAGAAAUUUGAAGAACACGUUGAAGUGAAGAAAAAGAAGCCUUUCGAAGAGCGAUUUAGAAAAAAUCGCCGACGAGAUGACUCUGAAAAUGACCAACAUAUUAAAGAAAAAGACAAAAACCAUACAGCACAAGAGAAAAACUGUCAGGAACCCAUUGAAAUGCAGGAAAUUUGUGAUAUCCCGAGCGUGCCGGACGUCAGAGCAGCCAACGAAACAAUGGUGGAGACCGCGAAUGCUUCUUCAGACAUAAACCACAUCCCAGUUGACACGGAUAAUACUCCAAGGAUUGCAGAUUUCUUUGUUCCUGAUGAGGAAGUGAAUGAUGAGAUUGCGCCUGUCCUGUCAGAUCCUAACCGCAUCCCAGUUGAUGCGGAGGAGACACCAAGGUUUGCAGAUUUAUUCGUCCCUGGUGACGAAACAGAUGGUGAUGCAAGUGGACGAGAGAGCCUGGACUCUGAAAUGCCACUUGUCAGUCACUAUAUGGAGAAGAUGGAUUUUGAAGAGAAAGGAGACACCGACGAUGAACCGGUUUUGAAUUGAUGAAACCGGUUUGGGUGCUCUAUCAGAAAUUUGUUCGUGAUCCAAUAUUCUGCGCAGAUGCAGGAAAACACAUCAUUAUCCAACUACACUACGUAGGGUACAAGUAACGCGCGAAUCGAGUAUACAUAUUCUGCGAUCUUGGACAGUUCUUUAUUAUGUACUUUUUAAAAAAACCUGUUCAAACGGUCAGCUGCAUGUGUUACGCUUCUGUUACUGCUUUGCUAUUCCCACUUUUUAAGAAAUACGCAUGAAAUUAUAGCAGUUGGAUAACAAAUAACUUAUCAGACGUUUUGGUGUGUAGUAUCGCUGACCAGUUUUACUCACUGUACAUAUUUUGACUCGUCCUGCGGGCUCGUCAAAAUACGGCACAACUCGUAAAAAUAACAGCCAUACUACACACCAGAACGUCUAAGUAGAUAUAUAUUUUCUUCACCAUAAUUUCGAGUGAAAGUUUUUGAAGAAAACGCUCUCGGAUACCAUUUAAAAACAACCUAUGACAAUAUCUUUCAUACCCAUUUUGUAGAAGAAAAAUAUGGAUAACUUAUAUUUGUACAAGAAAUUUUUGAAACAAUAAUAUAUACAUAUCACUAGGGAAGCAUUUUACCAGAGCCCAGUCUUAACCCACGAGAAAAGAUCUUGACUCAUCAUCUACUGACAGUAUUAUAUUGAAGUGAUCUUAAAUUAAAGAAGAGUGGAAUUUUAGA